AUGCUGGAGAAGAACGAAAUCAUAAACGAGGUGGAGCAGUCCACGCUCCGCAUCAACGAAAUCAUGAACGACAUGGGAGUCAUGGUGGACGAGCAGGGCGAACAGCUCGACGUCAUCUCCGAAGAACUCAUGAAGACCACCAAGAACAUGGCCGACACCAACAACAACCUCGAAGAGGCCAGCUCCCUCCAGAAAAAGUCACGCCGCAAGUACGUCUUCCUGGUGGCGCUGCUCGUCCUCAUCAUAAUCGUGGUGGCUGGCACGGGAAACUUCUCCUCCGAGCUGGCGAGGACCUACCUCAAGCAGCUGCUGUCCGCUAUCUCUUACCUCGCCGAUGUGGGCAUCACCCACCGGGACCUCAAGCCCGAAAACAUACUCUUCGACCGCAACUUCAACCUCAAAGUUUCAGACUUCGGACUGGCUCGCGACGCGAGGGGAGACCAGGGAAACGGACAGUUAACUUCGCGCGUGGGAACUGAAGGCUACCGGGCGCCAGAGGUGGAGGGCGGCUGCUACGAAGGACUGAAAGCCGACCUGUUUGCGUUGGGUGUCAUCCUCUUCAUCAUGUACAAGGGAACACCGCCCUUCCUAGGCACUCGCUCCCACGACCGCAUCUAUCGCCUUAUUCGGGAGCGCCGCUAUGCUCAGUUUUGGCAGCUCCACUAG